AUUAUAAUGCCUGUGGCCGGCAUACCCCGUAAACAUGGGAAUACUACCAGCGACCAAGAUAUGAUUCAGAGUUCGCCGAUUAAAGAUCGUAAUCAAAAUUUACAGCCACUCCAUAUAACUAUUAACUUCUGCCUUAUCAGACUCAUUUGAUUUUAAUUUGAGCCUAUAAAUCUGUAGAGAAUGGUUUAAUUCCCAGAGCAUCUGCACACUCUGACGUAAUCUUACUCCUUGCUUAGUAUGUAAUAUGCAUCAAGUGUCUGGGCUUAGGCAUUUAUCAAUGACUUAUCACUCGAGUGGGGUUCUCGAACUGUUAGAGACUCUUGGGGAUCGCCCCGAAGAGGCGGGUCGUGCCGUUGAUAAGUACAAGUACAGCUGUUACACCCUGGAAAUUGCUUGUCGCUGCUCCGCGAUCGCUCAGUCGCUGGAGACCCGUCGGAAUAGUUGCUUCUUUUGCCGGAGAUCGGUUGAUUUCAAUAUGAAAAUCGAGUGGGUUCCUCUGCGAGUGCCGCUGGAGCGGCGUCUCCAGACCCUGGCCACCGCAUUCUUCACCUAUACCUUCUUCACGCUGCCCAUAACUUCCUGCCUCGCAGUGGCUAUCCUCCUGUAUUACGGUGGUCUAAUUAUACGCACUCUACUCUUAUUAUAUUUUGUGAAAAUUUACGUGGAUUACAAAAAAAACUGCGCAGUUGUGGAAGGUAAUGGUUCCAUUAGCUGGCUGUUUUAUCGCAGUAUCAGGAGAUACCGAGACUAUUUUCCCGUUGAGCUGGUGAAAACAGCUGAGCUGCCGGCAAACAAAAAUUAUAUAGUGGCUAGUUUUCCCCACGGCAUACUUGGAACUGGAACUUGUAUUAACAUGAGCUUGGACAUUGAAAAGUGGCUGGAGCUCUUUCCCCAAGUGCGACCCAAGAUCGCCACCCUGGAUCACCAUUUCAGGACCCCUUUCUUACGAGAUAUACUAAGAUGGUGGGGCAUGGUGUCGGUUUCCAAGGAGUCCUUGGCCUACUUACUGAGCAAAUCGAAUGAUCCCAAGCACAAGGACAAUCGAGAUGGUUUUACGUCGAAUGCGGUGGCCGUGCUGGUGGGUGGAGCCCAGGAGGCCAUGGAAACGCAUCCUGGAAAGUAUAUUUUGACCCUGAGGAACAGGAAGGGCUUUGUCAAAAUGGCCAUUCGAACGGGAUCCUCAAUUGUGCCCUCGCUGUCCUUUGGCGAGGUGGACAUAUUCGAUCAGGUGGCCAAUCCGCCGGAUUCCGCUCUGCGUCGCUUCCAAAAUGUGGUCAAGAAGUUCACAGGCAUUUCGCCGCUUCUGCCCAAGGGUCGAGGUAUCUUCAACUACAACUAUGGCAUACUGCCCCAUCGCCGACGUAUUGUACAAGUUGUUGGUUCCCCCAUCGAUGUGAUAAGAAGCGAUAGUCCCGAUGCCGACUAUGUGGACAAGAUCCAUGCCCAGGUGAUAGAGGCUCUGGAGAAGAUGUUCGAGCAGUACAAAGAGGAAUACAUUUCGGACUGCCAACAAAGCAAGCUGGUCAUCCAGUAACUCAUAUUAAUAUCCCAACUAUUUGUGAUUUUCUUUAGAAUUUAGGAAUCUUUUUAAAACGCAACAGAAGAUUAUUUUUAAAGAAAGCGUUGGUUUUGUUUUUCUCUUUUAUUAAUUACCAAUUAAAUUUGUUACCUUGUAUGUACUUAUAUAUACAAAAAGAACAAGGAGCUGGAUUCUCGAAUUUUUGGAAAAACUUAACUUAAUUUCGCAUUUUGUGCCAUAUCGUCUCGGGUUUACCAACUAUAAGGAAUUUGCUCUA